GGUUUGUGCUUUUUGUUUUCAUGGCCUUGUAUCCAGUAUUACUAUAUGGUUUGAAAUGUCUUUAUUAUUUGUUUUCAAAAGUUAGCAUUUUAAUUUCUAAGUUUUAGUAUCGUGAUUUCCAAAUAAAAGAUCAUACGAGAUCAAGUAUCAUGGCACCAUCACUGACUAUGCUUCUCCGUCUUCGAUUCUACAGUAGAAACGUCUUCUUCACUAGCUCUGACGUCAUCUUCGCCUAUAAUGACGUCAUCUGUGCCAUCUUCUCUAUUGCAUGCCAAGUAUUCGUCCUCUCUACCAUCGUCGUCAACGGUAACGAUGACGUCAAGCUCUUCGUGUAUGAUUCUUAUGUCACCAACCAAGUCUAGUCAAGUGCUAUUGAAAUCAACAGCUUCCUCAAGAUCGCCCAGUGGCAGGAAUGACACUAAUAAAGAUGAGCCUUCCAGUCGACAAGCGUAUUUCAACAACGCAGAGGAAAACUGGAUUCUGAAAAAUCACGCGAUAAAAGAUACCUGGACUUCUAGCGAGAUCACAUGUGCAAUGCUGUGUUUGAGAGAUAAAAACUGUCAAUCAAUUAACUUUAAAUCUAUAGCGAAGAACUCUAGGCAGGCUAAACAUACCAACACAAUAAAGGACCCUAACUGCCAACUCAACUCGGCCAAGCACUUGGCGCAUCCAAGAGACUUUUUCCCAAAGAAGGGAUACCGCUAUUACUACCUUAUAUGACGACAAAAGGAUACGUCGAUUAUCUUACAUGACAAGGAAACAAUACCGUAGUAUUAUCUCUUAUGACAAGGACAGGCUACUGCUAAAAUUAAUAAAUAAGCUAACGCAACAAGGAAGCUGAUACCGCUGAUGUUAGCGUACACGACAGGAAAAGGCAAUACCGCUAUUGUUACCUUGCACAACAAGAUAAGCUGAUACCGCUAUUAUUGCCUUACAUGAUAUGGAAAGGAUACGGCCACUAGUAUUACGAUCCACUUUUUAAGACGGUUAUACCGCCAAGCAAGCUGUGACGUCCCACAUGCGACAAAACGGCGGGUCAGAGCCAAGUGGAGUUACCUCUUACAAGUUUAGGCCAACAAACGUUUUUCCCACCAAAAUACGUAGAACUAGCUACAAGAAACGUAGUAUCAAUGCUAUCGUCAAUCGAGAGUAGUUUACAUUUGAUUCGAGAGCUGGGCAGGAUUAUGGUGUCUCUUUCGUCGAAACUUAGAACUUGGAAACAAAAGAUGUCAAAAUGAAGAUGUGUCCUUGCGUUGUAAGCCAUACCAGUCGGAAGGACGAUUAAGUGUCCGUCUAUUGGUUAAUCAGAGGACUUAGUGGCCUGGUCACGAAAAAGAUAGGUGGGGUGCAUUGGGGGAAUCAGAAAUUAUAUCCAUGGAAGAACAUUCCACUACAAUUAUGAACUUUUUACUGAUGAACGCAAGACACAGAAAGCGAAUAUCAAACAGUAGAAACUAAACGCGCCACUUGCCUCAGUGAUUCUCUUAAACUUACUUUGUACAAACUAUACUUUGUGUAGCAGACCAAUUUUGCUGUAAGUGCAAUUACUUGCCACAUCGAGAAAUCCUUAGAAUAGACCAUUUUACAGUUGUCUGUUCAGCGACCUGGCCUUUGAAUA